GGGACGAUAUUACAACACUGAUCCAAAGAGCAGAACAGGAAAGAAAAAACUCUUGGGCGAGUAACCGGUUUGCGUUCAGUUCCCGAGUUCAGUCCCCCGACUCUAGUUCUGAACAGUCUCGGAGUAGUUCAACAGCCUCCUCCUCACCCUCCUGGUGUUCCGGAGGCUGGAGUUCAGGACCAGGGUCUUCGUGGACCUCCAGAGGAGUUUCAGGAACCUCUGUAAGGUCAUCAAGCACUAUGUCAAAAUGCUCAACAACUUCCAGACGGUCAAGUACAAGUUCUCAAUCUAUUAUGGCGAUGGACUGAUGAUUUAAAAUCGCUUUUACAUUUUUAACUUUAUAUUUAUUUUUAUAUACCCAAUAUUAAGCACAAAAAGUACCUUUAUAGUUAACAAUGUUAUAUUUAAUAAACAGAAAACUGUU